ACCAUGGAACCCCUCUUCUUGGCCUCAUUCUGGGAGGAUUUCUAUGGAAACCGCCUGUUCAACAACUUCUCCUUCCCAAAUGGGAGUGGAGUGCCUCCUCACUGGAUCAAUGUGACCCAGGACAUCUUUCUCCCCAUUGGCCUCCGGGUCACCAUCGUGGUGGUCUACCUGGCUGUGUUUAUAGGGGGUCUGCUGGGGAACUGCCUUGUCAUGUAUGUCAUCAUCAGACACACAAAGAUGAAAACAGCCACAAAUAUUUACAUCUUUAACUUGGCACUGGCUGAUGCCCUGGUCCUGUUGACUCUGCCCUUCCAGGGCACUGAUGUCUUCUUGGGCUACUGGCCAUUUGGAAAUGUGCUGUGCAAGACGGUGAUUGCCAUUGACUACUACAACAUGUUCACCAGCACCUUCACCCUGACUGCCAUGAGUGUGGACCGAUACAUUGCCAUCUGCCACCCAGUCCGGGCCUUGGACAUCCGCACACCCAACAAGGCCAAGGCUGUCAAUGUUGGCAUCUGGGCCCUAGCUUCUCUCAUUGGUGUUCCUGUCACAGUCAUGGGCUCAGCCCAGAUGGAUGAUGAUGAUGAGAUCGAGUGCCUGCUGGAGUAUCCCACCCCUGAGAAUUAUUGGCGCUCUGUGUUUGGGAUUUGCGUGUUCCUCUUCUCUUUUGUGAUCCCUGUCCUCAUUAUCUCAGCCUGCUAUAGCCUCAUGAUCCGGCGACUUCGCAGUGUCCGAGUACUCUCUGGCUCAAGGGAGAAGGACCGCAACCUGCGGCGUAUCACUCGGCUCGUCCUAGUGGUAGUGGCUGUGUUUGUGGGGUGCUGGACCCCCAUCCAGGUGUUUGUGCUGGCUCAGAGCCAGGGAGUUGAGCCAGCCAGUAGGGCUGCAGUGGCUGUCCUGCACUUCUGCAUUGUCCUGGGCUAUGCCAACAGUGGCCUGAAUCCCAUCCUCUACGCUUUCCUGGAUGAGAACUUCAAGGCCUGUUUUCGUAAGUUCUGCUGUGCAUCCUCCCUACGCCGGGAGCUGCAGGUGUCUGACCGUGUGCGGAGCAUUGCCAAGGAUGUGGCAUUUGCCUGUAAGACUUCAGAAACUGUACCCAGGCCCGCAUGACUAGGCGUGGAACUCCCCAUAAUGCCCACCAGCCCCCAAAGUCCAUCCACACCCAACACAGAACUCACACAGGUAACAGCUCUGUAGUGGAGCUCUCUUCAGACUCAGUGUUGGGCAAAAGGAGCAGCUGUGGGGCUGGAUACCAUCAGGAUGGCUUUGAGACUGUGACCCUGAGAGGCUGUGGCAUCAGAAAAGCUCUGCCAGGGCCGAGCUACAAAACCAGGGGAGGAAGUCCCCAGGGAAACAGACUCAAAAUAAGGGCUGUUUCCGUGACUGGUCACAGAUGGACCAAAAAUAUGCCUUCCUGCUAUGGUGAGCAGAGGAGCCAUGGGGAGGAAACAGCCUAUGCAGGGCGUCUGGCCCUCAGGCUUUAAUUCCAUUUAUGAAAACACACGCUCACAUACACAUACACACACGUAGAUGUACAGAGACCCACUGAAACAUUCACACAGUCCCAGAGACAUGGAGACGCACACACAGACGCCCAUCCAAGCACACUCGUGGAGAUGUGUAGACACGAGGACAUGUGGGUGGACAUGACCUUACAGAAAUCCUUGUGGAGGAUUUGGU